AUGGAAGGGAGCUUCUGGAAGACCUGGCUGGUGGUUGGAGCGCUUCUGGUCUUCGGGUGCUCCUCGCUGCCUCAUAAGCCCUUGACCUAUGAGAAGGCUGUGGACCUCGCGGUGGCCAUCUACAAUAGCAAAGCAGGGGAAGACUGUGUAUAUCGUCUCCUGGAGGCUCUUGCUGAGCCUCAGUGGGAUCCUAUUUCCGAUAGCCACGAAGAGUUGAACUUCACCAUCAAGGAGACCAUGUGCCUGUUGGAAGAUGUGGUUUUCUUCGAUGAAUGUGACUUCAAAGAAGACGGGGUGAUCAGGCAAUGUACUGGUUACUACUACUUCGAUGAGAGGCCUCCAGUGGUUGUGCUCACUUGUGUAGUUGUGGCUGGAAUGGAGGAGGAGAAAGGAGAAGAAGUGGGGAAGAAGGAAGAGGAGAAGCAGGAGGAGGAGGAGGAGAAGGAGGAGGAGAACCAAGCCAGGAACAAGGAGGAGGAGGAGAAGAAGGAAGAGGAGGAGGAGAAGGAAGAAGGGAAGGAAACAGAGAAACAGGAGGAGAAGGAGGAGGAGGAGAAGCUGAAGAAGGGACUUAAGAAACUCUUCAAGAGAAAGAAAGUGGUCGCCGGAUACGUCACCGCCUAAGAGAAGAUCCGGAGGGAUCCCAUCUCAGAUCUCUGAUGAGGGU